AUAUCCCGUGGAAAGUCACACCCUGUUGUAGUUGACGCUUCUCCUGACUCAACUGCUGGUUCAAUGUGAGCGGUUUUAAAUAAAUAUUAUCUUAAUUGUAAAGUUCCUCAAAUAUUAUAUACCAGAAUGCCUCACACUGUUGUUACUACUACAACCACAACAACAACAUCCACCUCGGAUGGAGGAUUUUGCAACACCGGUUAUGCGCGUUCAUUUCAAGGAUUACUGAAAAUCGGCCAAGUGGUGAUCCUCCUGAUCGCUUUACUUUGUGUGCACUAUGAGCAUCGGCGGAUUGAAUACUCUGCCUUCCACUACUUUGAGGUGGUCACUGCAUGGUUUCUCAUCGUCUUCUCAAUCUUCUUCCUCAUGCAUUUGUUUCGACUUCAAAGCAAAAUCACAUGCAUCAACUGGACAUUGACGGAGUUUUUACAUUAUGCUGUGGGAGGAAUCCUGGUCUUUAUCGCCUCAAUAGUUGUAGCUGUGAAGAGUUAUGGGGUCUCAGCUUUGAUCGCUGGAUCUGUGUUUGGCUUUAUAGCUACUUUUCUUAUUGCGAUCAGCAUAUGGACUUCUUAUAAGGUCACAUGUGGCUCUCAACCAACUGGUGCUGCAGUGUAACUGGAUGGAAGAAACUUGUCUUAUCAGCUGGAAGUAGCAAGAAAAAUUCUCAGUUUGUUCUGGAGAGAUGAUGAGUUCUUUAAAGACAUUAAAGGAACAUUUUUGGUUGUUUUUGAAGGUGCUGUAUAUGCUUCAAGAGUGGAUUUCUUCAUCAAAACUUGAGUGCCUCAGUCAACUUAAUCGGCUGGGAUCAAACUCAGAAUUUUUCAGGAGUAAGACUGGUUUAUUAUAAGAGUGGAGUUUUGGUAUAUUUGUCAACAGUGUCUGAAACUAAAAAUGGCCAUUUAUUCAAGAUAAUUUUUACAUUAUUUAUUUGACAGUAUAUUGCGUGAUGCGGAUUUGAUUCAGUGCCUGUGAUCAAAGAAUAUUUUGGUUUAAAAAUGAGAUGUUCAAGAAGAACUGAUGCUGACCCACAGUAUUAUUAUUACAGGAGUUGAAGUGAAUUUUUGCUUUUCCCAGUAUCUCUACAUAUGAUAUUAUGAUAUGCAACUGUAAAGUUUGAAGAAUGUAUUUUUGGCUUUCUAAAUGUAAGUCCCUUUGUUUUAUAUACACUGUGAUAAAAAGAAAAAGUCUCCUUAUGUUGUGUAUAUUGUGUUGCGUCUUCAUUGAUUCAAAAUCAGAAUUUGAAUCAGAACAAGACUUUUACUCUUUCCAAAUUUUCCAAACAUUCCAAACCUGUAUGACAUGCUUUCUUCUGUGGAACCCAAAAGAGG